CGAGAAGCGAAGUCGGGCAAACACAUUUCUUGUGAAAAGCAAUAACGUUAGUUGUGGUGGCGAAUUCAGUCUAUAUUAAACGCAGUAAUUGAUGACGCGAUAGAAAGGCCUCCACCAUGGGUGAACCACAGCAGGUGAGUGCCCUACCUCCCCCUCCCAUGCAGUACAUCAAGGAGUACACUGACGAGAACAUCCGCAAGGGGCUCGCCCCCAAACCCCCUCCUCCCAUUCGAGACACCUACAUGAUGUUCGGCAACCAGUUCCAGUGCGACGACCUGAUCAUCCGACCGCUGGAGAGCCAGGGCAUCGAGCGGCUCCACCCCAUGCAGUUCCACCACAAACGGGAGCUCAAGAAGCUCAACAUGUCCAUCCUGGUGAAUUUCCUGGAUCUCCUGGACAUCCUGAUCAAGAGCCCUGGCAGUAUAAAGAGAGAGGAGAAGCUGGAGGACCUGAAGCUAUUGUUUGUCCACAUGCACCAUCUGAUCAAUGAGUACCGUCCGCACCAGGCCAGAGAGACCUUGAGGGUGAUGAUGGAAGUGCAGAAGAGACAGCGCCUGGAGACUGCAGAGAGGUUCCAGAAACAUCUGGAGAGGGUCAUGGAGAUGAUCCAGGGAUGCCUGGCCUCCCUGCCCGAUGACCUGCUGCAGACUGAGGCCUCGAGUGGGGUAGGGGAUGGGGCGAGGGGUGGUGGAGCGUUGGGGUUGGCCGUCAGGCUAAAGACUGAGCCCAUGGAAGUGGAGGAGGCUGGGGCUAGCUGUAUGGCUGUUGGACCACAACAGGACAAAAGCAUGGGUGGUGCUGCUAAGAAGGACAGAGUAUGGGACAAGGAUGCAGCAAUGUGUAGUAUUAUCGACGAGAUUGCCUGAGUUUUGUAUUUAGGGCUGGGGUCUCUAUAGAAGGCUGCAAUGAUGAAGAACGUUCAGAUAGAAAUGUGUUCUGUAAAACAGAUUGUCUGUUAUUCGAGUCCUCUUCAUUAUAUUUCUAUAAUGUUCAGAAUCAAAAUGAUUCACCUUGCUGAAUAUAGGUUUCUCUUGUUUUGGUUUGUUUGUUUUAUUGCUGUUAUUGGUCUGUUUAAUUGUGUCGUAUGCUUAAUCUAGUUCUGAUCACAUACGCUGUGCAGUUUUAUAGUAUUUUUCAUGGACUAUGAAAUGUCAUGGACAAUGAGAACACACCUUCCUUGUUCAGAAUUGUUUUGGGCUAUCAUUAACUUUUGGAUGCUCUUUAAAAUUCAUAAUUUGAUAAGUUAAUAAAGCAACUUCCAAGUCCUGUAACAUAAUUGAUUAAUUAAAUUUUAUAUGAUUCA